AGAGGUCAAAGGACGUCCUUAGACGACUUAUCAGGUUUGACGUGACUUUAAUAAUUUGCCAUUUACCAUUUAAAAGUGGAAGUGAUAUCCUCGGCUAGGACUUUUUAUUAAAUUACAUUAAUUUAAUUCAUUUUCUAUAUAUAAAAAUGCCGCAAGAACCAAUUCACGUCGUCGUAACCGGAGCCGCCGGUCAGAUUGCAUACUCACUUCUGUACAUGAUCGCUAAGGGAGAUGUCUUCGGCCCCAACCAAACGUUAGUCCUCCGCCUUUUGGAUAUCCCACCAAUGAUGGGUGUGUUAGAAGGAGUCGUAAUGGAACUCGCCGAUUGCGCCCUUCCACUUUUAAGAGAAGUCAUUCCAACUGCCGAUCCAGUUGUAGCAUUUAAGGACGUUUCAGCUGCGUUCCUUGUAGGAGCCAUGCCCAGAAAAGAAGGCAUGGAACGUAAAGAUUUACUCGCUGCCAACGUCAAAAUCUUCAAAGUACAAGGUGAAGCUUUAGACAAACACGCCAAAAAAGACGUAAAAGUAUUAGUCGUUGGUAAUCCCGCCAACACCAAUGCUCUAAUUUGCUCAAAAUACGCUCCAUCCAUUCCAAAAGAAAACUUCACAGCUAUGACCAGAUUGGACCAAAACAGAGCUCAAGCCCAGAUUGCAGCCAAAGUUGGUGUUCCAAUUGAAAACGUAAGCAAUGUAAUCAUUUGGGGAAACCACUCAUCCACUCAAUUCCCUGAUGCUUCCCACGCUGUCGUUGUUGUUGACAACAAAUCGGUACCUGCUGUUGAAGCUGUCAAAGAUGGAGAAUGGCUUAGAAAUGUAUUCGUUUCCACCGUACAAAAGAGAGGUGCUGCCGUCAUUGCUGCAAGAAAAAUGUCUUCAGCUAUGUCUGCGGCCAAAGCAGCAGCCGACCACAUGCGUGAUUGGUUCCUAGGUACACCUGACAACAAAUUCGUGUCUAUGGGAGUAUUAAGUGACGGUAGCUAUGGUGCACCAAAAGAUGUCGUCUUCUCCUUCCCUGUUAAUAUUAAAAAUGGCAAAUGGCAAAUUGUCCAAGGUCUGCAAAACGACGACUUCGCCAAAGGACUUUUGGCCCUCACCGGAAAGGAACUCGAAGAGGAGAGAGCCGACGCUAUCUCCAUCAUCGGAGCAUGACUAGCUAACAAACUUUAGAACGUU